AUGGCAGAAAUCAAAGUCAGUAAUAAAACCAAAGAUAGAGUCAAUGCUUGUAAAGCCUACAUAGAAAGAAAAUAUAAAAUGUUUAUUACUUAAGAGAAGGAAAAAAUAUCAGAUUGGCAGCAAUUGGAACUAAUACUAAAAAGCCUUAAUUUUACACCAAUAGAGUAGGAGUUGAUUAAAAAGGAAAUAUAACACAAGGAAGCAAUGCGAUUAAGAAAGAAGAGAUAAAAGAUUACCGUAGAUGAUUUUGAGUCCCUUGCCAUAAUAGGUAGAGGUGCUUUUGGUGAAGUAAGAGUCUGUAGACAUAGGAGUACAAAUGAAAUUGUUGCAAUAAAGAAAAUGAAGAAAUCUGAAAUGAUAUUUAAAAAUCAAUUAGGACACAUAAGGGCAGAGAGAGAUUUGUUGGUAUAAUCUAAAUGUAAGUGGAUUGUCGAAUUGAAGUCAUCAUUUCAAGAUGAUGACAAUCUUUAUCUGGUUAUGGAAUUUUUGAGUGGAGGCGAUUUGAUGACUUUAUUGAUUAAAAAGGAUAUAAUUCCAGAAAGAGAUGCAAAAUUCUAUAUAGCUGAACUUGUUUUGGCAAUCGAGGAAAUUCACAGCAUGAAUUACAUACAUCGAGAUCUGAAACCUGAUAAUAUUCUGAUUGAUGCAGCUGGUCAUCUCAAAAUAUCAGAUUUCGGUCUCUGUAAACAUUUAGGUGUUCAUUAUGAUAUGGCUAUUCCAUAUCAAAAUAAUACUCAAGAUAUUUAAUCUAAACAUUAUAGUGCACGUCGUCAAUUAGCCUACUCGACUGUUGGUACUCCUGACUAUAUUGCACCAGAAAUAUUCUCUCAAAAAGGUUAUGAUCAAUUAGUUGAUUGGUGGAGUGUUGGUGUUAUUCUAUUUGAAAUGGUCAUAGGUUAUCCACCAUUUUAUAGUGACACACCGUAAAAAACCUGUUAGAAAAUAUUAUCAUGGAAACAUCAUUUCAAAAUACCAAAAGAAUAGAAAAUAUCUUCCUAAUGUUAAGAUUUAAUUCUCAAGUUGAUUUCUGAUCCUAGCGAACGAUUAGGAGAUCCAAGCAAAAUCAAAAAACAUCCUUUCUUUUGUGGAAUUGAUUGGACCAAUUUGAGAAAUCAAAAACCUCCUUAUUUGCCUGACAAAAAGAAACUAACAUCUAAUUUUGAUAAGUUUGAAGAAAAAGAACCUUGGAAACACAUUGUGCAUAAUGAAAAAGAUGCAAAUUAAGAGGAAAAUAAAGCUACUAGCGAAAAUAAAAAAUAUUUUUAUGGGUACACCUACAAAAGAAAUUAUGAUGCUGAGAUAAGUCCUAUCAAAAGAGCCCUAGAAGAACUAUAAAAUAUCAAACCAUCAGGAAUCAAAGCUGAAUUCGAUAAAAAGUAAAGAUCUUAGUCUCCUAAGCCUAUAAACGCACCUCCAGAGAUUAAUAAGUCUUAACGGUCUCAAUCCCCAACUGUAAAGGAGUAACUCAAAACUACUUAUAUGUAAUAUAUUGGAUAGUAUUUAUCACCUAUAAAUAAGUUAAAACAAAAAUAAAGUUGA